AACGUGGAAAAAUACCAAUUAUUUGCAGUUUCCUUACAUUUUCUUGGCAGAGGAUGCACAUAUUAAAAUGAAAUUUAAUAAAAAGUGAGACAGAAACAGUGUGCAUCCCUAACUAUAGUUGAUACAAAUAAAAUGAAGUGAAUAGAAAAUGAGAUCUACUUGAGGUUCUUCCACAUAAAGAAGUUACUUUGCGUAAUUUACAUUGUGGACUAUUAGAGUGCAUCAUUUAGAAAACGAGAGUUUUUUUCGUCAAAGACGAGAAUCGAAGAUGGGACUUGAUGUAAACUUAAUACAUUUUUGAGAUUUUUCCUGUCGUCACUUCCGGUACCGAUUUAUCGGCCAUUUUGUACAUUUUUACGACCAACUUUGUGCAGAGCUGAUCUCAGAAACUGUCAGAGAUAUGACUAUGAAAUUUUCAGGAUAGGUAGUCUAUAGUUUGAAGUUGUGCACUAUUAUGUUGUUUUACGCCAGUGGCGCCAUUUCUUGGAGCUCGCCUGUGCACGAAAAUUGAGUUUGAAAUAUGGCUACUGGCUUUGGAAUUUCACAAUUCCAUCUAAAUUGUGACCAAUGUGAAGAACGCUGUGACUUCCACUGUAACAUCUGCGGUCUUAAACUAUGUGAUUCCUGCAAGGACAAACACAGUGUGGACCAAGUGACAUCACACCACAAGGUCACCCAAUUUUCAGACCAGGAAAUUUUUAAAUUCCUAAAUGAGAAGUGUCAAUUACACACUGACGAAAACCUGUGUAAAUUAUGUUCGAACUGCGAGACUUUUGUCUGUAAGAAAUGCACUGUAAAGCCAUUUCACAAGGACCAUUUAUUCCUUGAUAUGAGAGAAUUGUAUGAAUGUUAUUCUGAAACACGUAGAAGCGAAAUAUCGAAAAUUCGGGAACAUUUAAUACCAACGUCUAACAAUAUUGUUCGUAAUGUCGGAGAAGAUGUUACAAAUAUAAAAGAUAUGUUUAAAAACAUUAGAAGGGGUUUGAAAUCCAAAGCUGAUUCUCUUAAAACUUUUGUCGAUGAUGUAGUUUCUGGUGAAAUUGACAAACUUGGAAAAAUCGAAAAAGAUAUUAUCGAAAAUCUUAACAAUGAAGAAGAUACUUUAACAGAUUUUAUAUCAUAUCUAACUAAUCUCAGACAAACAUAUGAAUCGAAACUUCUGAAUACAGAUAAAAAUGACAUCAUAGUCAGUCAAAGGGAAAAUACGACAAUAAAAACCAUUCCUAUUCCUGAAACUCACACUCCUGAUACUUAUGAGUACGAACCAAGAAGAGCCACUAUUGAUGAAGUGUCCAAAUUGUUCGGUAGUGUCAGGCUUAAAGCAAACGGUGCAAAACGGAUUGUGGAUAUUGAUGAUAAAUUGACAUUAGAUACAAGGCAGAAGAUACCAGAUAAAACAAAAAUAAAACCAGAAAUGGUUUUAAGAAGGUCAGCAGCCGUUAAAAAGUUGAAGGAAAUAAAUGUAAACGGAGUCCAUGAUGGGUGCCACAUUUCAUUUGACAUCGACAGAUUAUGGGUGAGUGACACUAGAUGCGUUAUCGUCCAAGCCGAAUUACAUGGUAAACUCUUACAGAAGAUCAAUGCUGCUGGGGGUGAAGGAUAUCAUUCGACAAACAAGGCUAGAGAUCUGCUUUUCGCGGACAAAGAAAGGAGGGUCAUCAGUAAAAUUACGAUUGAAAAAGAAGUGACAGAGUUCAUUAGUACAGAAGAUUGGGUUCCGAAAUGUGUGUUCUGCUCUAAGAUAACUAAGGACAUUUUCGUGGGUACGGUCAAAGAGACACAAGGGUCUAAAAUUAAGAGUAAAAUUAAAAGAUACGACAAUGAUGGAUUAAUGAUACGGGAAUACAAUAAGAAUAUGACCAAGAAACGUCUGUAUGAAUUCCCAACGUACAUUUGCGAAAACAAGAACGAAGAUGUUUGCACCUCUGACCACAGAAAGAAAGCUGUCGUAGUUGUAUCAAAAUCAGGAAGACACAAAUUUUCCUAUCAAGGGUCGAGUCAAAUGACAUUUUCUCCAAAUGGAAUCUGCACUGAUGACUUAGGACACCUUCUAAUAUGUGACGGGGCAUCCAAUACUGUUCACAUUGUCGAUGAGAAUGGAAGUUUUAUUGCCUUAUUAAUAAACGAGGAAUUUGGUCUAAAGAAUCCAUGUGGACUUUGUCUAGAUGAAGAAAAUAACCUCUUAGUCGGACAAUGGGACAAAAAAACAAUAUCCGUCUUUAAGUAUUUGGAUUACUGUUCUCAAUAGAAUGUGGUACAUCUUUUGCAAAUCCGUGAACUAGUGUGGUGAUGCCUUCUUAUAUAAGUAUCCUUAAUUCUUAUUGUCAUAAUGAUAUAAACAAUGAAUGUUUUUACUUCUUUUCAAAUGGCUCUUGCAAACUGUGUAUUCAAUCAAAAAUAAACAUAAGUUGUCGGAAGAAGAACCUACGAUAGAGUUUCGUAAAUGUUUCCAUUAUAGUCAUUCACGAAUAUCGCAUAUUCAAUCCCUGUAUUCAUGUUAAUUUUGAAAUUUAAAUCUACCGGCGUGUUGUACUAAGUAUUGAGCCCCUUUUAUAACAGGAUGAUUUUGUAGCUAUAUCAUAUAUUAAGCGUUGCAGUUCUCAAGAAUAUCUUAAUCAAUUGUUCAUUAAUAUAUAAACUUACAUCAGACUUUAAACACAUGUGGGACCCAAUAUUUGUUUAGGGUCCACAGCCUAAACAAUUUUGAAUCAACAAUGUCAAAGCCUGCAUGUAAGUAAUACUAUACAUUAUAACACUUUUUGAAAAUAAUUUACUUUAUCCCAAUGAAAAAUUUACCCCCACCAAUGUAGCCCCAUCAAAUCCCAAGGGAUCAUAAAUUGAACAACCUUCAAGUCAAUUUCAAACACUUCCUAAGAAUGUUUCCACACAAGUUACAGCUUUUUUGAUUUUUGUUUUUGAGAAAAGGAUUUUAAAAGAUUUUUCUCUUUACAUUCUUAUGUAAAUAAUCGACCCCCUCCCCUUUGUUGCCCAAUCCUAUCCUUGGCGAUCAUGGCUUGAACAAACUUCAAUAUCUAUCCUAUCUGUAAAUGUAAUUCCUGAGAAAAUGCACAUCGUUUCACUUGCAGGCGUUCAAAAUACGAACGGUCCUUUAUAACCAUUGCAAACUGAUUUUGAUUAUUCAAAGCAAUUUGGUUUUUAACUUGAUUUCGGAGCAAUGUUUUUUUUAUGUUGGAAUGUAAUAGUCUUAUCUUAGACUAAUUUUAGUCUAACACUUUCCUGAUGUUGCCCUUUUUUCUUUAUAGGGCACCAUAAUAAAGUAUAUCUUAUUUUGCUGUUUCUUUUUGCAUUCUUUUUAUGCCCUCCUUCGAAGAAGGGAUGACAUAUUGCUUCGCUGCUGUCUCUCGGUCGAUCGGUCCACCAACAGUUUCCGUUCAUUUUCUUUGCAUAGGAUGCACCUAUUGAAAUGGAAUUUGGUAUACAGAAUCAUCAUAAUAAUAUCAAACUUUGGGUAUGAUCGAGCAAUUUUCGACAGAGUUAUGCACCUUGAACGUGGAAAAAUACCAAUUAUUUGCAGUUUCCUUUCAUUUUCUUGGCAGAGGAUGCACAUAUUAAAAUGAAAUUUAAUAAAAAGGUUUGUCAUAAUAAUAUCUAGGCCAAGUUUAAUUUUGGGUACGCUCAUAUUUUGACAGAGUUAUGUGCCUUGGACUUAAAAAAAUCCCAUUUAUUUGUAGUUUCCGUUUAUUUUCUUCGCAGAUGGAGGGGGCAUUAGUUUUUAAACAAAAAUUUCUCUUGUUUUUAUUUAUGUCCAAUACCCUUGUAGUGUUUAUUUCAUUUAGUGUUCAAUUUAGUGUUCAUUUCACGUAUUUAGUGUUCAUUUCAUUACUUAUUUUUCCACGUUAUAGAUUUUGCUUUGAGCACCUUGGUCUUCAUUGUGCUGAUCUUGGGACUCUUCAUUGAUGGUCUGAUGAUCUGUCAAUUUAAUGUCUUAGCAAUGUUCGUUGAUUGUUAAAAUAAUAUUGACUGAAUUAUGUUUUGACCAUUUAUAGUGGUUUAGUUAAAGAUCUUUCUAACUGCAAACAGAUGCAGCAAAAGGCAAAGAGAUCAUUUAUGUAAAGUUGUCAAAAAGUUUUAUUUCCUUUUUCAUCACGUAUUACGUGACUCUGCAUUCAAUGAUAUCCCCUAUAUUUCAAUAUGAGAAUUUUAUAUAAUGUUUUCUUUUUUUAUUUGUCUGAAGUGAGACAGAAACAGUGUGCAUCCCUAACUAUAGUUGAUACAAAUAAAAUUCUUGGGGGUAGUUUUACGGGGUUACCCUUUUUUCAAUGUGGUGAUACUUCCUUUUUCUUCGAGAUCUAACCCAAGAAUUCAUAGAA